GAUAAGAGUGGUGAAAUGUACUGGCCCAUGCAAAGCAACUUUCAAUACCUUAAUUUAGUUAAGGCUUCCUCCUUCUUCUGUGUAUUUACCACCUCCUGCCAAACCAAGAUCUCAGCCUGGGUUAAUGUCUCCUCCAUCUGUCCAGCGCCUUACUGCCUUCUUGCCUUGAUUUGACAUUCUUGCCUUGCAGUCUCCUACCGACACCUGCACUAGGCUGCACUGGGGUUUCUCGAAGCAGGGCAUGCUGAGCGCCCUAAUCCUGUACACCUAACCAUGGGAAGGCAAAACUCUUUAGCACCACGUUUCAUAUUUUGUUACCGUCUGUGCUACGUGUCACUAGUUGGCUUAAUGUGUGACUUGCUGGUCAUCUGGAUCUUGUAUAUAAGCGGGUGUGGGAGCAAGAAAGAGACUCUAGAUCUCUUUUUCAUCUGAACACGCAGCAUAGCCUUAAGAAUGCAGUCAGUUUGUCAGAAAGUUGGCACUUGUUCCUCGUGUUUGAAUAAACAACUACAUGGCUUCUUGGGAUUAAUUAAAUGGCAGACACGACUGGAUCCUGCAUGCGUCAGAGCUAUCUACAGUGAGACGGGGAAAUGGGAAAAAAGCUAUGGGUUGGAGACAAGAAAAAGAGUUGAAAAUUGGUGGUUCCCAAGAAUAAAGGAUCAGUUCUGCAGAAUUUCAGAAACUGAUAAAUCAAGGCCAAAAUUUUACGUGCUUUCUAUGUUCCCAUAUCCUUCUGGAAAACUUCACAUGGGCCAUCUUCGUGUCUACACCAUCAGUGAUGCAGUAGCUCGGUUUCAGAAAAUGAGAGGGAUGCAGGUGAUAAAUCCAAUGGGAUGGGAUGCGUUUGGGUUACCAGCAGAAAAUGCUGCAGUUGAGCAUGGUCUGCACCCUGCAAGCUGGACACAAAGUAAUAUUCAACACAUGAGAGAACAGUUUGAUGCACUAGGUCUGUCUUUUACGUGGGAAAGGGAAAUAACCACUUGCCUACCAGAGUACUAUAAAUGGACACAAUACCUCUUUCUUAAGCUUUUUGAAGCUGGGAUAGUUUAUCAAAAGGAGGCCUUGGUUAAUUGGGAUCCAGUGGACCAGACUGUUCUAGCUAAUGAACAGGUGGAUGACAAUGGUUGCUCAUGGCGCUCAGGAGCAAAAGUGGAACAGAAGUACCUCAAGCAGUGGUUUAUCAAAACUACUGCCUAUGCAAAGGCUAUGUUUGAUGCUCUGUCUGAUCUCCCUGAGUGGUAUGGUAUAAAGGAAAUGCAAGCAAAUUGGAUAGGUGACUGUGCUGGAUGCUCUCUUGACUUCUUGCUAAAGGUUAACGGUAAAAUAACAGGAGAGAAGGUAUCAGCUUACACCUAUACACCUGAAGCCAUUUAUGGAGCUUCCCAUUUAUAUAUCUUACCAGCUCACAGACUACUGCACGGGAAUAGCAGUCUGAAGGAAGUCUUUCAGAGGGAGUUCAUCCAAGGGAAAGACUGCCUUACUUCAGUGACAGCUGUGAAUUUGCUUACCAAUCAGGAGAUUCCUAUAGUCAUUUCAGCAAAACCAAAUUUUGAGAAUUUUCUCGACACUAAAAUAGGAAUUCCUAGUACUAGUACAGAAGACGCCACAGUAGCUAAGAAUCUGGGUAUUUCUUUCACUGAAGUCAUUGAAACAUUGCCAAAUGGUUUGGAGAAAGUCAUUAAUUCUGGUGAGUUCACAGGCAUGACCCGACAGGAGGCUUUAAAAGCUCUUACCCAGCAGGCCAAGAAUAAAGGAAUAGGUGGAGACUUAACAAGCGACAAAUUAAGAGACUGGUUAAUAUCUCGACAGCGGUACUGGGGAACACCAAUUCCUGUCGUUCACUGCCAGACAUGUGGCGCUGUCCCUGUACCUUAUGAGGACUUACCUGUGCUAUUGCCCAAUAUAACGACCUUUUCAGGAAAAGGAGCCUCACCUUUGGAGAACGUUCCCGAAUGGGUGAACUGUUCGUGUCCAAGGUGCAAGGCAGCUGCAAGGCGAGAAACUGAUACCAUGGAUACAUUUGUUGACUCUGCUUGGUAUUACCUGAGGUACACUGACCCUCACAACACCGAACGACCCUUUAAUAAUGACUUGGCUGACUACUGGAUGCCUGUGGAUUUGUACAUCGGAGGAAAGGAGCAUGCAGUUAUGCACUUAUUCUAUGCUAGAUUUUUCAGUCACUUUUGCUGUGAUCUAAAGAUGACCAAGCACAAGGAGCCUUUCCAUAAGCUGUUGGUUCAAGGUCUUAUCAAGAAUCAAACAUUCAGAUUAACAACCACAGGCCAGUAUCUGAAGAGAGAGGAGAUUGAUUUCACUGGGACUGAACCAGUUCACCUAAAAACUGGUGAGAAGAUCCAAGUCACUUGGGAAAAAAUGAGCAAAUCUAAGCACAAUGGAAUAGACCCUGAAGAAUUAAAGAAAGAGUACGGCAUUGACACCAUACGUCUUUACAUUCUGUUUGCAGCUCCUCCAGAACAAGAUAUUUUGUGGGAUGCUAAAACUGAUGCUAUGCCAGGUGUUCAGAGAUGGCAGACACGCCUGUGGACCCUAGUAACCAAACUUAUUGAAGCGAGGACGUCGGGAACCAUGCCCAAUCCUGAACUUCUGAGUAAGAAACAGAAGGCUGAAGCCAGAAAGAUCUGGGAGCAGAAGAAUCUGGUGAUUUCUGAGGUAACAGAAUAUUUCGCAAAGGAUCAUCUGUUUAAUGCAGCUAUUUCUCGACUGAUGAGCCUCAGUAACAUACUCUAUCAAGCUUCUCAACCUCUUAUUCUCCAUAGUGCAGAAUUUGAAGAUGCUUUGGCUACGCUCUGCAUUAUGGUUGCACCUAUGGCUCCACAUGUUGCAUCAGAGAUGUGGAAAGGUUUGGCACAUAUGCAGAAUAAACUUUGUCCUCAUCAUAACUGGGAUGCUGAUGUGCUGCAUCAGUCCUGGCCCAAAAUAGACCCAGAAUACCUUCAGCCAUCAGAUGUCAUAGAGAUGUCUGUUCUGAUCAAUAACAAAGCUUGUGGCAAAGUUAGUGUGCCUCAGCAAGCAGCCCGCAAUUUUGAAGAAGUCCAUGAACUAGUUCUUCAAAGUGAACUUGGAAUCAAGCAUCUCCAGGGACGAACCAUUAAAAAGGCUUUUCUCUCUCCAAGAACUGCCCUUAUCAACUUCCUAGUGCAAGAAUAAUUAAGGCACUGCUGGGCUAUGAAAGGGGACUGGAAUCCUUCAAGAUGAAACCAAUUCAAAAAUAUCAGUUAUGGUUAUUUAAAUCUCAUAUAAUGUCAGGGGAAAGGAGAUGUUGUUAAUCAAUUGGGUCGCUGCUAAAUCUUCAUUUGAACAUGGAGAAAAGCACAGAAUUAAAGCUUCUUAUUGAAGGUAAGAUGCUAUUUGUCCGCGUAUUCUCUGGGAGAAUGAGAAGGAAGGGCAGAAGAACUGAAUGACUGUAACAGAAUGGAAAUUUUACACAUGGGUUUUAGUGUUAACCUCAGGAAUAUGUACUCUUGGAAAGCUGGCUUGGAUGGAUGCAGAGACAACUGUAUUUCCAGGGCUAAACAAGUGUCACAAGUACUUGCUACACCAAAUAUUAGGUGAGCUAUAAUCAGUCACAAACUUUGUUCCCUAUAGCUCAUGUUUGGGUAGCAUAAUGUUAAUCAACAUUUUCUGUAGUAACAUUUUCUUACAAUUUAGUGUUAAUUAAAAGGCUUUGCUUAAUACUGGCUGGUGGGCCUCAGGCAUGGCAGAUAACCAGAAUGGGGUUGUCUGACGUACUUCAUAUACGUUUCAGAGGCAAACUGAGGAACAGUCAAAUGAUUUAGCUGAGCCCUGCCUUAACCAGCGUCCUCCUUACUUGCUGUCGUAUUUUUAUCAGCUUACACAUGAGAAAUUCAAAUUCCACAGACUGCUGACAGUUCUUCAUGUACAGAACAGAAUGGAAAUUGCUUUCUAUUCAUAAGCCAUCUCAGAGAAUUUCAGGGGGAUUCAAGAAAGAGAUGAGUCAGCUACUAGUAAUGCAGCAAUGGUGAAGGCAGACAGCAUGCUUUUUGCUUCUACUCCUAGUUCUUACUGUGCCUAGAUCAUAAAACUUGAAUCAAAAUUCUUGUUUUUCUGAGGGGUUCAUU